GUCAGAUCAAUACAAAAAUGGCACUGCUAAAAACUUCAGAUCACGGCACAAAAAAUGAGCCCUUAAACCGGCCCAUAAGGGUAAAAAUAAAAAAGUUAUCAUUUUAAUCGUAUGGACCUACAGAAUAAAGAGGUGUCAAAGGUUACAAAAUGGCGUUUUUUCUUCAAUUUUGUCACAAAGAUUUUUUUUUCCAUUUUGCCGUAGAUUUUUGGGUAAAAUGACUGAUGUCAUUACAAAGUAGAAUUGGUGGCGCAAAAAAUAAGCCAUCAUAUGGAUUUUUAGGUGCAAAAUUGAAAGGGUUAUGAUUUUAAAAAGGUAAGGAGGAAAAAAAAAAGAAAAACCCUUCAUCCCAAGGGGUUAAAAAGAAAAAAAAUGCUAAAAUUAAAAUUCCCUGUGUACUCAAGACUAAAAUAUGAAGUGUGUUAAGUGUUAAACAAUGCGGUGUGCAGCCGUAGAUGACAGGCUUGUGUGUACACUUGCAGUUUCCUUUCCAUGUACAGUACAUGGCGCUGGCCUGGAGGUGCAGAGCUCUAUCACCAGGACAUUCAAUGCACUGAUAGUGAACACACAGGCCGCUUCUCUAUGGCUGCACACCGCUUAGCGGACUAGCACGGUUCUCUGCCGAGCUGACAAGCAGCAGUCCUCCCUCUGGUACUUGUAGUCCGCCAUAUCUCCACCACACACAGCUCGGCCUCAGGGUCCUGUAAGGAAGCACAGCACUCUCCACUUUCUAUAUGAAUAGCGCCAAAACAACAGCGGUCACGUGACCCAGCAGCUCCGCCCACUUGCGUUUCGCGUUUCACAGGAUCUGUGACGCACGUGCGUCCCGUGUCUACGGCAGGCCACUGGUGACUAAGAUCAUCGCGGGCGAACGCGCAACAUUUUAUCAAAACCGGGAAAGCUUCAAAUCAAUGGGCGUAGAAUCAUUUACUAAACAUGGAAAAUGAAGAGAUUCCAGAAAACCAGUCUGUUGCAGAAGAAGUAACUAUUGUGGAGGAGAUAGAUGCUGAUAGUAACAUCACUAACGAUGGGCACUUGGAUCUUAAUCAAAGAGAUUCUGGAUCAGCAAACAAUAAAAGGCCAUAUCCACAGUCCUGUUGCUCAGUCAGAGAUGAUUUUGAGAAUCCAUGUUUGCCAAAAAAAGCAAAGAUAGAACCAGAAUUGUACUUACCAGAGAAGGAAGUCAGUAAAGAGGAUUCCCUAUAUGCUCAACAUUACUUGGAUGUUAAGGAAGUGAAAGCUACUGGGACGGCUCAAUGUGAUCUCAGCCCUAAUGAAGCUCAGUCUGUAGGCUGCUCCUCAACACCAACCAACAAAGAAGAUCUUAACAAUUGCACACCAAUAAAUGUGGGUGUUAACAUUGGGGAUCAUCCUGCUGAGAGUGUGCCCAGUUCUGCAGCUCAGACAGAAACACCUGUUGAUAGCAACUGUUCUAAAAACUGUGAUUUCCAAUGUACAUAUAACAUUUUUUUACAAGGACAUGUUAUUAAAGAUCAUAAAACUAAUGAAUCUAUUGAAGAAAAGAAAUUGUGCCAGAAAAAGUGUCUUAAAAAAAGGAAGAUUAACAUACCUAAUCGUCGACGCGAAAAGUCAGAACCUACUGUUAAAAUAUCAGAAACCCAUGAUGUCUUGAGUCAAGAUAAUGAACUAUUAAAUAGAAAUAAUACAUGGAACUUACAAACAGAAUUAACAUCCUCUACCAUCGAAGAUAAACUAGACCAUUGUGCAUCUUCAUUGGAUAGUAGUGAAAAAAAUCCAGAAGACUGGUCUAGGUCAGGGAAGCCAGAGACAAAAAAGAAUGUAAAAUGUCUCUCAAAGACCAUUAGCCAGAUAAUAGUCAGACGGAGGAAUGAUCGAAAAAAACAAGAGAGACGAUGCUUGUUUAGACGAAAACAUAGUUUUGGACAAUUAAAGAGACAUAUUCAGUUAAUAAGUAAUAAAGAUAAACUUGAAGAUUCCCCUGUGUGUUUAAAAGAAAAUGUAAAUCCUCCUGUGAAAACAUUCCUUGAAAAAUCUGCAGAGACACCAUACUUGACAAGUAAAAGUGUAACUCAUAUGGAUGUCGUUUAUGACGUUGAAAGUGAAAGCACUUUACCUCCUGCUGCAUUUAAACUAAUAUGUACUACACAGCUUACAGAACAGUAUGCUUGUGUAUACUGUAAAACUGUUGCUGGUACCAAAGAAAGCUUCAUUCUUCACUUCUGGAAGAGACAUGCUAAGCAAAUGCAGUUUUAUUGUCAGCCAUGUGGAUACUCGUGUGAGACUCGUGUGGAGUUUGAAAAACACUGCCAAUAUGACAAUCAUAAGAAUGGUAGUGAUUUGUUAAAUUGUUACCUCUGUGGGCUAGACUCUUCAAAUGAGUCAACCUUCAAAAGGCACAUGAAAUCCAAGCACAAGAUGUAUUUUCAUUGCAGUGUUUGCAAGGUUUACUUUAAAUCAAAUGAUGACAUGUUACACCAUGAAACAUCAGAGGCACACAUCUGGUGGCAGGAAAAAAAUUGUGACACUCCUGUUGAGAACUUGGAGGUAAACACAAAUCUUACUAAAGAGUGUCUGCCAGAAGUUGAAAGUAGUACUAUGCUUCCAACAGUUGAGGUACCAGUAGAAGUUUGUGUAGAAAAAGAGGUAAAAAAAACCCAGUUUCAAUGCAAAAAAUGUUUCUAUAAAACCAGAUCAUCUACAGUAUUGACAAGGCACAUCAAACUACGUCAUACACAUGAUUAUCACUUUUUAUGUAAGGCUUGUAACAUAUAUACAAUGUAUAAGGAAGGAAUGGAGAAACAUAUUAAAAGGAGCAAACAUAUUGAAAAUGCUAAUAAAAACAACAUUGGAUUGCUUUUUGAUGAGUGCAUCGAGAGGGUUUCUUUCAUUGAGCCUGCUGUUAUGUAUAAAGAGGGUCCUCAAGAUGAGGAUUGUGAGGAAGCACAGUCAGAUUCUGGAUUAAUUGCACCUUCCGUAAAAGAAUCUUUUUGUUCUGAACAUACCCCAAGUCUAGCAGAGCCAAUGCAUGUAAAUGCACCAAAAAGAGGGAGACCAAAGGGAAAUCUGUCUAUCUCUUGCACUCACUGCGGACUUAUAGCAUCCAGUGUUACAAAUCUUAAAGUGCAUAUUCGAAGAAAGCAUACACAUCAGUACAAUUAUAAAUGCAAGGUAUGUAAUUAUGACACCGUAACUAAAGGUGACAUGGAGCGCCACUGUAUUACCAAAAAGCACAAGAAUCGUGUAGAGGAACAGAAACUCAACAAACACAAAACAGAAAUUGUGGUUACCACAGAUGGAACAGCAUUUGAGGCUUCUGUAAAGAAAAAAGGAAACACGUUAGCUCUUUAUAAGGAACGUGUUUAUGUUGGUACAGGUUCAAAGCUUUUGCCCAGCUCCCAGAAGGACGAGCCUGUCCCUACUGAACCAGUUACCAUACAAGUACAAACUUCUCCUCAUGAACCUGGAAAUGGGCAAAACCUAAGCACUAAUAUUGAAAAUAGACAAAGUAUACGUUUUGAAUUUGUUGGGGAUUCUUUCGAGAGGCACAUGAAAAAGAAACACAUUAAGGAAUUUGAGUAUUAUUGUAAAGCAUGUGAUUUCUAUGCUCCAACACACAAGGAUAUGAGCACACAUGCAUCCUCUGAGUCACAUAAAGCCAAUCACCAAUCUCCUGUUCAGUCUCCAUGUACUUUUCCUUCACUUGUGGAGAAAACUGAUUGUGACAGACAGGGAUUGUCAGGCAAUGUUUCUCGUGAAAGUGAUGUAGAUUUGGAUCAGGACCCGCACUGUAAUAUUGAAAAUACAGAUCCGUGCCCAGAUUUACAGUUAAAGACCAAUACUAAUGUUGAUGUUUCCCAAAUUGCAAGUGAGUCUGAACCCACAGAAGAUGUUGAAAGUGUGAAAGAGAACUUGGGAAGAAGCAGUACAUUAAUAGAAAAAGAUUCGAAGUGGGAACAGACCAAUGCGGUUGCUUUUAGUAUACAGGAAAGCCCUGUAACUGAAGUUACUGCUCAAAUAAGUUUAGAUCAUGAAGACUCCAAAGGUAAAGAUACAUUAACUAAUAGUGAUGCUGAAAAGAUUUCGGAGAGUGAAGUAGUGACUGAGGUUUUAUCAGAACCUAGUAGCAUUAUUAGCACAUGUAGUGGUAUUCGAAAUGAACACAAUUUUGAUUCUUCAAUUGUAAAGCUAAAAUUUGUUUGCAAUGAAUCUGUAAAUAGUGAUAUAACCAGCAAAUUUAAGGGCCCUGCACCUAAAAUACCUGAGCCACAACUAACAAAAAAGAAGAAAACCAAUGGAAGUGCUCAUGGAGAUGCAAACCGAAUACGAUGCAAUGACUGUGGAUUCCUUGCUGAUGGCCUUAGUGGAUUAAAUGUUCAUAUUUCCAUGAAACAUCCUGUGAAAGAAAAACAUUUUCACUGUUUGCUGUGUGGCAAAUCAUUUUUUACAGAAAGUAAUCUUCAUCAGCAUUUGGCUAGUAUUGGCCACAACAGAAAUGAGAUGGCCAGUUUUGAAGAACGGCCAGAAGGCGGGGGGACAUUUAAAUGUGUAAAAUGCACAGAACCCUUUGAUUCAGAACAGAGCUUAUUUAUUCAUAUUAAAGAACAACAUGAAGAAUUGCUCAGAGAGGUGAACAAAUACAUAGAGGAGGACACCGAGCAAAUAAAUAAGGAAAGAGAAGAAAAUCAAGGAAAUGUGUGCAAGUACUGUGGAAAGAUAUGCAAAAGCAGUAAUUCAAUGGCAUUUCUUGCCCAUGUCCGAACUCAUACAGGCUCAAAGCCAUUUAAAUGCAAGAUAUGCAGCUUUGCAGCAGCUCAACUUGGAGAUGCCAGAAACCAUGUGAAGAGACACCUUGGGAUGAGAGAAUACAAGUGUCAUAUAUGUGGGGUGGCUUUUGUUAUGAGAAAGCAUCUGAACACACAUUUACUGGGAAAGCAUGGAGUUGGAACACCAAAAGAAAGGAAAUUUUCCUGUAACCUCUGUGAUCGAAGUUUUAGAGAGAGAUGGGCCCUGAAUAACCACAUGAAGCUGCACACAGGCGAAAAACCAUUUAAAUGUACCUGGCCUACAUGCCAUUAUUCUUUCCUCACAGCCUCUGCCAUGAAAGAUCAUUACAGGACUCACACAGGCGAGAAGUCGUUCUUGUGUGACCUUUGUGGCUUUGCUGGUGGGACACGUCACGCCCUUACUAAGCAUCGGAGGCAGCAUACAGGUGAGAAGCCAUUCAAAUGUGAUGAAUGCAAUUUUGCUUCCACAACUCAGUCCCAUUUAACACGGCACAAGCGGGUCCACACAGGGGAGAAGCCAUACAUGUGUCCAUGGUGUGACUACAGGUCAAACUGUGCAGAAAAUGUCCGUAAGCACAUUUUGCACACCGGCAAGCAUGAGGGGGUUAAAAUGUACAACUGUCCCAAGUGCAACUAUGGAACCAAUGCCCCAAUGGAGUUUCGGAACCAUCUCAAGGAACUACAUUUAGACAUUGAAAACCCAGACUUGGCAUACCUUCAUGCAGGUAUUGUCUCAAAAUCCUUUGAAUGUCGUCUGAAGGGUCAAGGUGCAAACUUUGUAGAAACCAAUAGCCCAUUCACUGCAACUACAUCUGCUGAGGCUUCUCCAGUUAAAGAAAAUGUCCGAACCAUUCGAAAAGCCUCCCAGGCAACAGAACAAGUUCAACAAGUCAUUAUCAUUCAGGGAUUUUCUGAUGAAUAUGAGGGUAAUUUCUCUAUUGACACUUCUGUAGAGGAAACUGCAGCAGCCACCUUGCAGACCUUGGCCAUGGCGGGUCAGGUGGCAAGAGUCGUGCACAUAACAGAAGAUGGUCAAGUCAUAGCAACUGAUCAAGCUGCUCACAUGGGCAACAUCAUUCCUGGAGAAAUCCUUGGUGAACAGUUGUCGGAUGGAGCAACACAAGUCGUUGUGGUUGAAGGCACGAUGGAAGAAACCGAUGUUGCAGAGUCAGUUGCUAUAGAGACUGUAACUGACUCUGAUGGUAAUGUAGUACAGCAAGUGAUGGCACAGAGUAUUUUAGACACAUCACAGGGUGUACACACGUCUGAUUCCUCUUCUGCUCUAGAUGCUUUACUGUGUGCUGUAACAGAGCUAGGUAACGUUGAAGAUGCACAGGGACAACCCGGUGAAGAAAAUCAAGUAGUUGAAGAGUCAUUGGUGAGAAUGUCACAUGAUCAGGAAUCGAAUACAGAGGAAAUCCAGAUGUAUCAUGAGGUACAUGAAGAUCAUCAAGGCAUUGAACAAAUAGGAGUUGUCCAACAAGUCAUGCAUUCUUCUGGAUUUGCCUCUUCCCAGGAUUCUCCUUUCAAAAACAUGGUCCAAGGGGUCUUACAGUUUGCAGUAUGUGAUCCUGCUGCUGCAGAUCAGCUGAUCCAAGAAGGAGUUACCCAAGUCAUUCUUAAUGAAGAAGGUACAGUUCAUAUGGUAUCCACAGAAGGUCCUCAUAUAAUAAUGCAUAACACUGAAAGUCAUACUCUUAGUUUACCUGAACAACAAAUGCGUUUAGUUGAAUGUGAAGAUGGAGAAAUCUCGCAGAUUAUUGUCACUGAAGAAUUAGCCAGAGCCAUGGUUCACAAUGGAAGUGACAGUUUUCAAGAAGGUACCACACAUUAUAUUGUGACUGAACUGCCACAAGAAGACAAAGAAUCCAACAUGUAUUCUCAUACAGUCAUAGAAACUGACGAAAAUACAGGUAUUCUUCAUACUGAAACCAUUAUAGACACUCAGAUGCCUGAGGAUGAGGCUUCACAAGAAGUAAACAGCAUGGUUGUCUAUACAGAGUGAACCUCCACAAAAGAGCAGCCUCCAAAGCGCCAUAAAAGACCAGGAAGCUAGGAGUAAUAAGACUCUUGCAGUGAUUUUGUUGAACAUAAUAUUUUCAUCUAAUAUUUGAAAAAUGAGUUUUAAUUCACACAAUAAAGCAAAACAUUUAGAACAUCCUAAUAUAGAAAAAAAAUCUAACAAAUGAACUCUUAACAGAAAACAAAAUCACUAGCUGAUAAUCCAAUAAUGGCUUAGCAAUUACAUUGUGAAGCAGUGUUAUAUCUCUGCCAGGGGGCUACUCUACGUUGCUUUGCUGCAUUAUUCCUACAGUACUUUGUUCUGCAUAGGUUGUGAUACAGCGUCAUCUUUUAACAGAACACUGCAACAGUGAGAUGUUCAGAAUUUUUCAUCAGUGUUAAUUUCUAAAUAUGUAUACAGUAGGUUAUUUUUUUUUAUUAUCAUUACAAAUUUCUCUAUUGCCUAUAUGACAAAUGAAAUGCCACGCCCGUAUGUAAAUUAAAGGAGUUUUCAGGGCUGAAAUAUUGAUGACUAAACUUUAGGACAGGCCAUUUAUAUUACAGUCCCAGAAAAUUCCUUUGAUAGAUCCUUUAUGUCUUCCUACUUUUCUGAAGAUCUACUUUGACUAGUGGGGAUGAAAAUGCCAUUAUGGCGCUAUGGUGGAUCAGAUGUACAGUAGGUCCAAACAUAGCCCAGCGCACCUUACUGACUUUAAAUGUGGUCUUUAAAUUGACUUUAAAUGUGGCAUUUUGAUGUCAAUAUUAGUACGGCAUGCUUCGCUGUUGGCACCAUCAAAAGGGGUUGAACUGCUAACAGGGACUGGUCUUAUAUUUUUGCGGAUUGCGGGAAGCAGAAUUUCCAUGUCUGAAUGGGACUGCGGAAUCCCUUUCAAAUUAAUAGGCAGUAAAUUUUGCUUUGGGUGUAUACUCAGAUUGCCUGUAUACGGAUACCUGCACUGACUGGCACACUCAAGGUUAUGUGCCACUAUGGCAUUCCAGGCAUGAGUUUAUUAACCAAUAUUGGAAAGAUAAGACUCAUUCAUUCCAUAUUAAAUUUGUACAUUGUAUGUUUUAUUUACAUGGAGGUAAAUAAAGUAAAUCUCAUAAUAAGGUGAGUAGGGUGGCACCUACUGAACGCUAGCAAUAACCAGAAAAGAUCUGCUAAGGUCGUGUAGGUAUUUGUUGUAUACAUUCUUGUAUUUAGUGUAUAUUAUGGCUUGAAGCACAGAUUUCUUUUUGUUAUUGCAGUUAAUUGUGAGCAAUAUGCUUGACUUGGUUAUAGAACCUGCUGUUAACAUGAUAUACAACAGUGGUGCUUUAUGUUACUGAUAUUCCGUUUGCUGUGUAAUGUUAGUUAAAUGCUUUCAUGGGCAAUUCAAGGGAUAUAAAAUGUCAUAUGCAAUGUUUCUUCUUAUACCAUUGUUGCCAUUGCAUUUUGUUUUCAAAUAAAAAAUGCUAAUCUUUAAAUCUUU